UCUGCAGGCAAGUCGACCAUACUGUACAAACUGAAGCUGAACGAGAACGUGUGCACGGUCCUAACCAUCGGCUUCAACGUGGAGACCGUGACCCCGGUCAAGGGCGUGACCUUCACCGUGUGGGACGUCGGAGGUCAAGAGAAAAUCAGACGACUCUGGGAACACUACUACAGAAACACUCAAGGCCUCAUCUACGUCGUCGACAGUGCCGAUCGAGCUCGAAUGAAAGAAGCGUCUUCCGAACUGAUGACCAUCUGCGCAUAUCCGGAAAUGACGGGAGUUCCGGUUCUUGUAACCACUAAGAUUUGCCUUAAUUUCCUUAAGCUUAACUUUGUCGUAUAUGUUUGCGUUUGA